CUCAGCUUUAGAGAGAAACCUUUUGAACUCUUAUCUGAGAAUAACGAUUGCCUAUUUCUCAAGUGACGCAGUUUAUAAGGUCCCAGCAAUCUCAGAUUGCAGUGAAACUGCAUCCUGGGAUACUGCAGUAGGACCUGAAGUCUCAAAUCCUGACCUGACUCAGGUGACUUUAGUGGAUUUGCGUCUGGCCAAGACCUACAAGCUCUGCAUUUUUCUUUUUAACCGUGUAGGCAGGAGUAAAGCCAGCAACGGUCUUACAGUCACAAUGAAAGAAGCACGUAGGUUUGGAUCCUAAUACUGUAUUUAUCUAUGAUCAGCUCCUUAAAACUUGUUGCAGCAUCAAAGGAACCAACCCUGGAUAUGCAGCUGGAGACCCUCACUUCUCACAGUGUCAGAGUGACUUAGAAGGUAUUUCUGCCUCUGGAGCUGUAGAGUCUGGAUCUGUGACAGCAAACCAUCUACUGCCUCCAUUAUCCGGCCCAACAUGCGCUGCUACAAUGAUCAUUAUUAUUAUUAUAUUUAGUCUCAUUAUUAAUAUUUUUAUUAGUCUUAUUAUUAGCCCUAUUAUUUUGAUUAUUAGUUUUAUUACUCAUCUUAUCAUUACUAUCUUUAUGUGCAACCUGCAUUGUGCUUUGCCCCCCCCCCUCGCCUGUUAAAAGGGAGUUUUCCUUGCCACUGUCGCCAAGUGCUGUUAUAUAAAUAUGUAUAUAAAUGUACAUAAAUAAAAUUUAAUUGAAUUUAAUUGAACCAGAAUUAUGCAGCAAUGGAAGUGUUGUAACUCUGGUGCAGUAUAUGUUUUAUCUCCAAAAUGAAAUGCAAUUAGGUAUAUUUUUUAAUUAUUCAUAAUACAAAAUUUGUGCAGGUAACUUUACUUUUUAGAAAACAGGUGUCAAUGUAAUCUUGAUGAAUAUAGUUGAAGCCUUAAUAUUUUGUGCCUAUAGUAAUACUCUAGUAUUAAAAAAACAACAAUAAUAAUAUAGUUCAUAGUUCAGUUUGUAAAAUAUGUGACUAACAUGAAGUGAUUUCAUGUAUGUGUGGGACAGAGAUAAAGACUACAAAAUUAUAGUUCAGUUUUCUUGACUUAUUUCAAUAUACUGUAUAUUUAAAACUAUAUGCCAAUUAUAUUUGACCCAGUCGCUCAUGAUGAGGUUCAUUUCCAUUGCAGGAAAAAUUCAAAGAGUGGGGAACAUUGGCAGGAUAGGAGCUAUUUUCUUCUCCAUCAUAAUCACAAUCCUCGUCUUUAUUUUCCGUUAGUGUGGAAUGGAUUAUAGUGUGUGACUCAUAUGCCAUUCAGAUUAAUUUAACACAUUCAAAGUGGGCGUCCAAUGUGCAGUUGAAGUCACAGAGAAUGGGCCUGCCUUCUUUCUUCUAUCCCAGGAAUACAGUUCAUAUUGCGUGUAAAGCAUAUCCAAUGCCAAUGUUUAGCACCAAUACAGGAAGUACAUAAAUUUAAAACAAUUGGCAUUUAAACAUUAUGAAACCUUGUCAUUGAAAGCAAUCCAGAGUUGUGCAGACUCAAUGUCAUCAUUCUGUCUGGUACUAUGGUUGCCUCUUUAGACUCAGAAUAUCACUUAAUAUUUUCAUUUGUUUUUCAACCAGGGGAAAGAUUUCUGCCAAAGCUUCACUGUAUUAAAGACAUGAAACAAAUAUGUAGAUAGUGCACUAUAUCCAGAUUUGAUGUGGAACAAAACUCAACAUGUGUGAUGAUAUUAAAUCUGUUAAGAUUUUUUCUUCUGCAAAUACUAGAGGUAACAGAAAGAAAAAUAUGUCUUUGCCCGCUUCCAAUAGCACAAAUAGUUAUGAUAAUGAAAAAAUAAUCCAAAACAUUUCAGGUUUUUAUUUUUGAAAUAUUGUUGUACUUAGUUGUACCACAUGUGUUUUUCGGAAUGAUCAGAGAGGAAGUUCUGCACUGGGUUACUAAACAUCCAGCAGGCUCAAAUGUUUACUCAGCAGUCUAAGAAACAUACAAAGAGUCAAUGGCCCCUGAGUAAACCAGACUUUGCAUUGCAUAUCAGCCUGUAACUGGUAUAUGCAUUUGGAAAUGAUGGUGCACGCUUUAUCUAAAACUGUCUUGUGUUUGAGCUCACAUGCUGAUGAUAAAAGUUAGCAUUUAAGUUAGCAACAGAGACUUCAGAGUUAUUUUGAAUAUUUUCUGUGUUAAAAAACAGCAGCACAUUUCACAGUGGAAUUUUUGUGGGAUGCAAAGCUGCUCUGCCAGGCUCCUACAACCAAGGGUUUGAAUGAGUUAGAGUUUGAUAGUCAAAAUGACAAAAAUGUCUUUCUACCCCUACUACUGUUACUUGGCUAGAGAACGAACAGUAGUUGGGAGGGAAGACAGUGUGUUGAUAACCUCUGUCUGAUCAUCAAAAUAAAACAGUGUGCAAAUAGGUUAAGGAACUAAAACCACAGAAAAGGAAACAGCUCUUUCCGACAGUCCUCUUCUGCGAGCAGAAGUUGUUUGUGUGAGCAUACCAAGGAAAGUAUCAUGUGAUUUUGAAAGAUCUCAAAGCUGAAACCACACCGUGGUUAGGUUUAGAGUUGUUUAGCAGGUGUACCGGUCCUUCCAUUGAUUCAGAUUUGUAAAAUGAUUAUUUUGGGCAGCAGACAACUCACUCUGUGCUGCAGUCUUCUUCUCUGUCUCCUCCUAGGUUGUAUGUCUGCAGGGAGCAUCAUAGUCACAGUGGGAACAGAUGUUACUUUGACGUGCAACUACGAUGCCCAGUACUACGGCAGGCUUUCUUCAUGCUGGGGCCGAGGGGCCAUCCCCAACAGUGGCUGUGCCAGCGAGGUGAUCAAGUCAGACGGGACAUCAGUGACCAGCAGACUGUCAGAGCGCUACCUGCUCAUGGGUGAUCUUGGCGUGGGUGAUGUGUCGCUGACCAUCAGGCGGGUUGAGGAGAGCGACGCAGGGACGUACGGCUGCCGUGUGGAAAUACCGGGCUGGUUCAACGACCACAAACACGAGGUGACCCUGACCGUAGUGGCAGUACGCCCUAAUCCCAUGAAGGUGGAGACAAGGGAAGUGAAGGAAAGAACUGUCACUGUUCGCUGGACUCCUGCGUUUGACGGCGGCAGGCCAGUCACAUCCUACAAGAUUGAUCUAAAAAAAAAACAAGCAUCCUGGGACACCGCAGUAAGGACUGAAGUCUCAAACCCUGACCUGACUCAGGCGACUUUGGUGGAUUUGCGUCCGGCCUUGGCCUACAACCUCCGCGUGUUUGCCAUCAACAGCGUGGGUAUGAGUGAGGCCAGCAACGUCCUGACGGUCACAACAAAAGAAGCAGCACCAGAGGGUCCACCCCUGGAUAUGCAGCUGGAGGCUCUCACUUCUCAUGGUAUCAAAGUGACUUGGAAGCCUCCCAGGGCCGAUCUCAGAAACGGGGUUCUGCGGAGUUACAGCAUUAGCUACAGAGAGUAUGACCCUGCAGGCAGACAGUUUAAAAGGUGGCAGCACCAAAGUGUGACAGCCACACGGGACAUUGAGACCGUCAUCCUGAACGACCUGAAGCCUUCUACCAAGUACGGCGUGAUUAUACAGGCCAAAACAAAUGCAGGAAUUGGACCUGCCUCAACUGCACCUCUCUGCUCCACUCUGGAUGAGGUUCACACGACUUCAACAGUUGCUACUAUCAAGUCAACUUCCACUGCUAGCUCAAUGUGGAUACAAGACACUACAAGUUUCACUUCAGCUGACACAUCUUCAAGAGUUGAGUCUGUCACUGCUGCCGCAGUCUGGACACAAGGCACAACAAGUAUCACGUCAGUGCCCCCGGAUCCCCCAGUAGUUGAGUUAAAGGAGGUCACAGACAAUACAAUUUCCCUUUUUUGGACUCCUGGGUUUGACGGUGACAGCCCCAUCACGGGCUAUUACUUGGAGUAUAAAGCAGUCAACGCCUCAUGGGAUUACACAAAGACGGUUGUAGACUUCAGCCCUAACCAGACAGAGGCCACAAUAAUAGAGAUAAAUCCCUCAACUUACAACAUCCGCAUGUUUGCCAAGAACAGUCUGGGCACCAGUAAACCCAGCAAUGUCCUCACCAUCACUACUGGAGAAACAGGUCAUCAGAGGGACAAUCUUGCUACCACCAUAUUAACUACCACUAAUGCUGCUGCGAUUGUUGAAGAGAGUCACAGUGGUCAACCAGCUGCCUUUGUGGUGCCAGUGGUGCUGGUGGUGUUGAUUGCUGCCAUAGCAACCACAUGGCAACUUCUACGAAUAAAAAAGAAACAAGGAAGCCUGAGCAUGUGGGUGACCAAUGGAGCUGUACGUUACAAAGGCUCUGAGUCACUACAAGAGCUGUAAAACUCAGAGUUACUUCAACCUUUGGCCUAUGGUGUUAUCACAUAACUCACAAAUAAGCAGCAGUUUUGAAAUGUAUGAAUUUUACAAAAAGGGGUUUUUAUUAUGUCAUUGAGGAAAAAGCCAGAUUUGGAGCAUCUUCACCUGUUAGUUGUUCAAACUAACCAAAGGAGAAACUAAUCUACACUUUCUAAACACUUACAAGCUGUAAUCACAACACCAGGGCUGUCUUGGUUUUAUACAGUAACUUCCAAUAAAAUCCUGUCUUCCCUGCUCA